AUGAAGGAGCUAAUUAACAAAUCAUUCGGUCGAUUCAUGAUUUCACGUCAACAAUCAUGCAACCAUUUACUAACUGCAUUCACACCCCCUGACUCUUUCGCUGUACUCUACUGCACCAUUGCAGCAGAAGCAGCAGCGGCUGACAUGGAGACAGUAAUAAGGAAGGGAUACAUGGGUGGUUUUUUGAAAGAAAGAGAGAAAAUGGUGGGGGCCCAGAGAGCAAGGAAAUCUAGAAAAGAAAGGCUGAUUUUCCCUCACAAGUUGUCAGCAACUGAGACAGAUCCUAGUGAGCCCACCAGGAGCAAAAUCACUCCCAAAAUUCACCCAACAAACAAAUGA